UCAACAUUCUCAUUCAUCAUCACUCAACAACAAAAACUCAUUUUCUAUCCUCAACUACUAUACUUGAUGGCUUUAGAAUUACAAACUCUUAAUUCUUCUCCCACAGGAGCUACUACUACUAUUCCUAUUCCAUUCCCACGUUUCAAACAAGAAGAAAAUCAAGAACGUGAGUCUUUGGUUAAAAAGAAACGAUCAAAACGACCGCGUAUUGGUAUUGGUAACCCACCCACUGAAGAAGAAUAUCUUGCUCUCUGUCUCAUCAUGCUCUCACAAAGCAACAACCAAAUUCAAUCAUCACCGUUGAAGCUCAAUCACAAGUGCAGUGUUUGCAACAAAGCUUUUCCAUCUUAUCAAGCACUUGGUGGUCACAAAGCCAGCCACCGCAAAUCUUCAUCGGAAAACCAAUCCACAACCGUCAACGAGACCAUCUCUGUUUCCGUCUCAACCAGUAAGAUGCAUGAGUGUUCCAUUUGUCACAAGAGUUUUCCUACCGGUCAAGCUCUUGGUGGACACAAACGAUGCCACUAUGAAGGAGUCAUCAACAACAACCAUAAUCAUAAUAACAGUAACAGCAGUGGAAUUACAGUCUCCGACGCCGGCGCCGCGUCCUCCUCCAUCAGCCACCGUGGAUUUGACCUCAAUUUACCAGCGCCUCUCACUGAAUUCUGGUCUCCGGUUGGAUUCGGCGGUGGAGAUUCCAAGAAGAACAAGGUUAAUGUUAAUCUCGCCGGAAUCAAUGAACAAGAGGUAGAAAGUCCGUUGCCGGUAACAGCCAAAAGGCCACGUUUAUUUUCUGGUGAAGACAAUGAUGAAACGGUGUAGUUUACUGAUACACCGUUAUUUGAUGGAUUGAAUUUGUUUGCUUAUUAGUUUUCUUCAUUUCUUGUUUUUAUUUUAAAUUGGAUUAGGGUAAUUGGGAUUAGGUUCAGAUUUUGUUUCUACUUCUCGAUUAACAACUCUAUCUGUUGUACAGACGACAAAAUUUGUUGAUUGCUUUUGGAAUCUUUUACUUCAUACUCAUCCAUUCAA